AUGCUUGGGAAGUCACGGUGGUCUGGUUUCAAGGCCCAACAUCUGGAACUCAGCUUGUGGACAACUGAAGGCCUCAACAUAGAUAGGGCACUGAGUCUGAGACCAACAAUUGUGUUUGCUUUCUAUGAUACUUUGUCAAAAGCCUAUUCUGCUAAUCCAUAUGGUCUUGCUCAUAUGUGGAACUAUGAUGAAACUGGUGUGAUGGCUGGCAGAAAUGGAGCAAUGUGGGUGCUUGUGAGGAAAGGAAGUCAGAAUGUGUCUUAUAUACUUUCGAAGAGCUAUGAAUGGAUUACCAUUCUUUGCUGCAUUAACGCUUUUGGGAAAAGUAUUCCAGGUUUCUAUUUUUUUAAAGGAAAGAGGAAGUUAUAG